CUUAUAUUUUCCAAACGAAAACUUCAAAGUACGCCCCAGAUUUCACUAUGCGUAAAUAGAAAUUUAAACGAAAAUAAAUAACAAUACAUCAAUUUUAGUUUAAUUAGCAUUAUAGAAGUAAUUAAUUGACAGCCGUAUUUAUUAUAGUUUACCGAAUGACCUGCGAGUUCGUGUGUGUCGCGCACCGCGUAACUUUAUCACCGUAAUUGACCGUAAUCAAAUGAGAUAUCAAUGCGCUCGUCAGUGAGCUACAUAUUGUCUCACGCGCCAGGAGAGUCGGUGAUGUCGCACCCUGACUACGCGCAGCACGCCCAGCACCAUGCCUGCCUGCUGGUGCUGGUCAAAGGCAUCGGGGGAAUGCUCAAAAACUUCAACAAACUUUGGGAGAGGAUACAGAAAGUCAACAAUAUAAAAGUUACUGAUUCCUCAGGACAAGUUAGAGAUAUCUGGGUGAGGUAUGUCCGGGAUUACCCAGUGGAAAACAAUGACUGGGGUGACUUUCAAACACAUAGGCGGUUGCUAGGCCUAAUUACUCUUAGUAAGUUCACAAACCAAGUAGAAUUGAACGAAGUGUGCCGAGUCCAUGAAUCUCUCAAGGUGAAGUAUUCCAACACCUUGUACGACUCGAGAGCCUUCAUGUUUGGCCCCGGGAGCAACUUGAAGAAGCCCGAGCAAGAGCCAGAGACGUACAGCUAUGAAGAAGAUAAAGUUUCCAAAGAAGGCAGCAGUUUGAGUGACAAGUAUUCUCUGCCCAGUGAACCAGCAGACAGUUUAUCAUCUUCUGAAAGUUUCCCACAUUCAGCUUCGUCUACUGCAUCAUUUCCUGUCCAAGAAGAGAAUUUCACCACACCAUCAAACUUUAAAACACAUGCUAUGUUUUACGGCGAAAAUGACCCAGUGCCUGACUUAGAGCAGAAUGUAGCAGAUCUCAUAAAUUCUCUAUUCUGGGUGGUAGAAUCUAAGAGGCUGGAGAGAUCUAGAGAAAAGCUUGAGAAAGUAUCCCUACUUUUGGCUCCUUUUGAAAAGAAGGACUUUGUUGGCCUUGAUAUGGAGUCCCGCAAUAAUAAAAAGCGUUGCAUGGGACGCGUGACGAAGAAUCUCGCCGAUUUAACUUUGCAAUCUGGUCUGGUCGCUGAUAGUCUUGGCUUAUACCAUAAUUCGGCGGAAAUUCUAAAGUCCGUGAACGACUGGCUUUGGCUGGCAGCUGCUAAAGAAGGACUCUGCGCCGCUUCUGCAAUUCUUCUUUACCCAAACUUACGGAAUACAACGCCCCUACAGAGAAAUGCUAGUCUUCAAGAGAAUUCUCCUAAUAAAACAAAACCACUCUCAUUGUUCCAACCAAACAUCGAUCCAUUUCGAAAAUAUAAAGCCACCUUAUCACCUCUCAGGUCUUCAAAGAACUCUAGUCCUAUUAACCCACCCAGUGAACUGACGCCUUCGUCUUCAGAUAGCAUCGACACGUCUUCUAGACAAUCAGAGACUGAUAAUGCUGAUUCCGAAUCUCUAGCAUCAUCCAGUGACAUCGAAUACCAAAGUCAGAAGUCGUUUUACACUUCCGACCACCCUUCGAUUCCCAGACAACCGGUGACUCAAAUCAAUAACCAAUACCUUUUGAAUGGAGAAGAAAUAGCUGAGAAGUAUCGUAAAGCGAUCAUACACUACAGCAAGUAUCAGAACGCUGGUAUAAUCGAGACUGAGGCGUGCUUCAAAGCCGCAAGGAUCGCGGUAGAGCAAAACAAUAGUCUGCACGCGUCCAGUUUUUUGCAGAACGUUAUUUUUAUCAACUUGACUUUAAGUGAACAAGAGAAGAUACAAAGAUUUGACACACUUGCUGAGCUAUACAAAGAGAUAGGGUUCCUCCGCAAGGCAGCAUUCUGCCAGCGCCUCGCGGCCACUCGGCAAGUGAGCCCGAACAACCCCAACCCGGACUGGCAGCGUUGCUACUACCUCAUGCUGCACAGCUUCCCGGGGCACAGGCUGAGCCUCGACCCUAACUACGUCAUACAGCACCAAGUUGGUUGGCCAGCGCUGCAAAUCCAGUUGCUCCAAGAGUUGGUGGUGGCCGCGCGACGCAUGGGGCACCCUGCGCUAGCCACGAGGCACAUGACCUUCCUGCUGCAGACCAUGUGGCCGCACCUGGCGCGCCAGGAGCACCGGGACCUGGCCAUCCAGCUGCAGGCCCUCUCAGCGCAGUGCGAAGGCGGCCCGGUGCCCUUAGUCCUGGAGACAGGCGAGGUGAUCCCGCCCGCUAACCUCACGCACGUGCCGCACUGUUCCUGGUUCAGCCCGAGGCCGCUCCCGCCACCGCGCGCGCCGACCCUCGUCAAGUGCAAGACGCAGACCGGGCCCUUCAUCUUCACGCCGAUACACUUCGGCACGCUGGAGCGGAAGACGAAGAAGGACGAAGGGAAAAUGGAGUACCUAUGGGUCGAGGACGAUAUCUGCGAGGUUCAAAUGAAGCUGACGAAUCCUCUGCCAUUCGAGCUGAAAGUCUCCAACAUGCGGCUCUUGACCUCCGGCGUGGUCUUCGAGUCUAUACCAGAGACAAUAAUCCUCCCACCGGAUUCACCGACCACAGUUAACCUCCACGGCACUCCCAAGGAAGUCGGCGAACUUCAGAUCCUGGGCUAUUCGACUCACACUUUAGGAGUCAAGUCAAACUGUAGGCUCAAAAACAUGCCGAUGCCCAACAAAUUCCCAGCAUCUUUUACCAUCGAAGUGAUUCCCAGCCUGCCCACUAUAACUAUCGAAACAACAGUGGCGCCCUCUGGUAGCGUAAGCUUGUCGAGUCUCGAGAACAUUGGGAGCACUACAAACAUUUCACUGCAUAACGGAGAAAGCACAGAGUGCACUAUGAAGAUUACGAACACUAGUAACGUGCCUAUCGAAUACCUUGACAUAGCUAUCCAGUCUAACAUGGAUAGCCAACUCCAAUCAAAAGUGUUCCAAUUCUCGACCGAAGAUAUCAAGGCUCAGUUACCGAUCCCUCCAGAUGAGACUGCAACCAUCGUAAUGAAACUGUAUGGGGAGGCUGACUUCCUUGACCUAGGCGGAGUAGGCGGCGAGAAUCUGUUUCCAAACAGCCUCACUUCAAACUACCCUUCGAGGGUUGGCUCGCCAGUUCCAAAUGCACAAACAUCUCUGCCAACGCAGAGUUCCAAUCCGCAAACUUCGUUGAGCAGUGGACUGAUGGCCAACAGGACUUCUGGGAGCUUUAGAUCAACCAAUUCUCAUACAACAAGCUGGUCGGCUCCGAUCUCAGUCAUGCCACCAUCUAGAGGCCGACUAAUCGAAACUCAAGUAAUAAUUAGGUACUCAGGAGGCGCCGGCAAAGAGCUUCACUGUCGCCAGUCAACGCUUCAAAUCAACUUGGAGUUGUUGCCCAGUGUUUCUAUCACUCAUUGGGACGUGUUGCCUGCAGAGAUCCCAACCCAACUGUACCUGGUGCUAGACGUGACGAACCUGACCGGCGAAGAAAUGGAGUUCCACUACGCGCCCGGCAAGCACAUCCUGGUGGAGAGCAAGGAGUCCUGCCGCGUGCCCGUGCCGCUCGACCGCUGCCCCUUCAGCGCCACGCCGCCCAAGCUGGACGACGGUGAGGGAACUGUGUGUCUCGACCAUCUGUCCAUCAUGCAGGAGCGCCCGGCGGCACAUCCUGGUGGAGAGCAAGGAGUCCUGCCGCGUGCCCGUGCCGCUCGACCGCUGCCCCUUCAGCGCCACGCCGCCCAAGCUGGACGACGGAGCGCCCGGCGGCACAUCCUGGUGGAGAGCAAGGAGUCCUGCCGCGUGCCCGUGCCGCUCGACCGCUGCCCCUUCAGCGCCACGCCGCCCAAGCUGGACGACGGUGAGGGAACUGUGUGUCUCGACCAUCUGUCCAUCAUGCAGGAGCGCCCGGCGGCACAUCCUGGUGGAGAGCAAGGAGUCCUGCCGCGUGCCCGUGCCGCUCGACCGCUGCCCCUUCAGCGCCACGCCGCCCAAGCUGGACGACGGAGCGCCCGGCGGCACAUCCUGGUGGAGAGCAAGGAGUCCUGCCGCGUGCCCGUGCCGCUCGACCGCUGCCCCUUCAGCGCCACGCCGCCCAAGCUGGACGACGGUGAGGGAACUGUGUGUCUCGACCAUCUGUCCAUCAUGCAGGAGCGCCCGGCGGCACAUCCUGGUGGAGAGCAAGGAGUCCUGCCGCGUGCCCGUGCCGCUCGACCGCUGCCCCUUCAGCGCCACGCCGCCCAAGCUGGACGACGGAGCGCCCGGCGGCACAUCCUGGUGGAGAGCAAGGAGUCCUGCCGCGUGCCCGUGCCGCUCGACCGCUGCCCCUUCAGCGCCACGCCGCCCAAGCUGGACGACGGUGAGGGAACUGUGUGUCUCGACCAUCUGUCCAUCAUGCAGGAGCGCCCGGCGGCACAUCCUGGUGGAGAGCAAGGAGUCCUGCCGCGUGCCCGUGCCGCUCGACCGCUGCCCCUUCAGCGCCACGCCGCCCAAGCUGGACGACGGAGCGCCCGGCGGCACAUCCUGGUGGAGAGCAAGGAGUCCUGCCGCGUGCCCGUGCCGCUCGACCGCUGCCCCUUCAGCGCCACGCCGCCCAAGCUGGACGACGAAACUGCCGAAUCAAAGUCCACCGCGACCGGCACGUCGACCAACAGCCUGGAACUCAUGUGCUCGGAGCACAUCACCAACCACGUGGCGCUGCGCUGGCGCCUCACGACCAGCGGCGCGGGCGGGCGCGCCUGCGUGCGCGGCAUCACGCUCUCGCAGACCAUGAUGGACAUCGUGCGCAUGUCGCCGCUCAACUGGGGUGACCUCGGGCUCAUGUGCCCGGAACACAUCACCAACCACGUGGCGCUGCGCUGGCGCCUCACGACCAGCGGCGCGGGCGGGCGCGCCUGCGUGCGCGGCAUCACGCUCUCGCAGGCCAUGAUGGACAUCGUGCGCAUGUCGCCGCUCAACUGGGAGCACAUCACCAACCACGUGGCGCUGCGCUGGCGCCUCACGACCAGCGGCGCGGGCGGGCGCGCCUGCGUGCGCGGCAUCACGCUCUCGCAGACCAUGAUGGACAUCGUGCGCAUGUCGCCGCUCAACUGGGGUGACCUCGGGCUCAUGUGCCCGGAACACAUCACCAACCACGUGGCGCUGCGCUGGCGCCUCACGACCAGCGGCGCGGGCGGGCGCGCCUGCGUGCGCGGCAUCACGCUCUCGCAGGCCAUGAUGGACAUCACCAACAGCCUCGAACUCAUGUGCUCAGAGCACAUCACCAACCACGUGGCGCUGCGCUGGCGCCUCACGACCAGCGGCGCGGGCGGGCGCGCCUGCGUGCGCGGCAUCACGCUCUCGCAGGCCAUGAUGGACAUCGUGCGCAUGUCGCCGCUCAACUGGGAGGUGAGCGUGAACCAGCAGGUAAUAGCUCCGCAGCAGGAGCUUCGCUGCGCGGCGGGCGAGUGCGUUGCUUUAGGAGUGCGCGUGCGCAACCGCCUGCCACGGGCGCUGGCUCGCCUGCGUCUCUCCGUGCAGCUCUACCAGGACUACAACAACGGCGCGCUCAGCUACCGCCUCGACAGCCGGGUCGCGGCCGCCGGGAACAACAACUCUACCAGGACUACAACAAGGGCGCGCUCAGCUACCGCCUCGACAGCCGGGUCGCGGCCGCCGGGAACAACAACUCUACCAGGACUACAACAAGGGCGCGCUCAGCUACCGCCUCGACAGCCGGGUCGCGGCCGCCGGGAACAACAAGUGAGUGCCGCACUAGUCCUCACAGCAGGGCCUCAGCAACCGCCUGCGCCUCUCCGUGCAGCUCUACCAAGACUACAACAACGGCUCGCUCAGCUACCGCCUCGACAGCCGGGUCGCGGCCGCCGGGAACAACAAGUGAGUGCCGCACUAGUCCUCACAGCAGGGCCUCAGCAACCGCCUGCGGCUCUCCGUGCAGCUCUACCAGGACUACAACAAGGGCGCGCUCAGCUACCGCCUCGACAGCCGGGUCGCGGCCGCCGGGAACAACAAGUGAGUGCCGCACUAGUCCUCACAGCAGGGCCUCAGCAACCGCCUGCGGCUCUCCGUGCAGCUCUACCAGGACUACAACAACGGCGCGCUCAGCUACCGCCUCGACAGCCGGGUCGCGGCCGCCGGGAACAACAAGUGAGUGCCGCACUAGUCCUCACAGCAGGGCCUCAGCAACCGCCUGCGGCUCUCCGUGCAGCUCUACCAGGACUACAACAAGGGCGCGCUCAGCUACCGCCUCGACAGCCGGGUCGCGGCCGCCGGGAACAACAAUCCUCACAGCAGGGCCUCAGCAACCGCCUGCGGCUCUCCGUGCAGCUCUACCAGGACUACAACAAGGGCGCGCUCAGCUACCGCCUCGACAGCCGGGUCGCGGCCGCCGGGAACAACAAGGUCGUAUUACCUACUCUCCCAGAAUCGGCAAAGGCGUAUCAUGAGUGUACGGUAGUAUUCCUUACUCCUGGAGAAUACAAGAUCGACAUACAAUGCUCCACCACGGAACCGGUGCUCGAAGACACUGCAAUACUCAAGGAGUCGGAUCACCAGUCGCUCAUCCAGCCGUGCGCCGGCGAAGUUAGUCAUGUAUGGAGAUUCAUUCCACCUGUAGCUAUAAGCGUCACGGAUUAAUAUUAUUUAUUUAUUUUUGUAUGCUACCAAUUAUUGUUCAUAUUAUAAGGAAUUAAAUAUUUAACAGAUUAAA